UACUCUUUAAUUAGCUUUUUGUUCAUAGACGCAAUUUAUACAAAAAGUAAACAUUUUAGUUCAGUGUCUUAUUACUCUGCUCGUCUUCAUGCAAAUUACCACAAUCUUAUUUCAGAAGAGGAACUUCGCAGUAAAUUGUUCUUUAAUGCAACCUAUUGUCGACGAGUUUAAUUGGAAAAAAUACUGCGCGCCAUUCUGAUCCUUUUCAUGCCUACUCGGGGAGAUUACUCGCUUUUUUGGGGUGGACACGAUACUCAAAACAGAUUAUCUGUGGAAGGCUUGAACCAGACAGACGCUGGAGCAAUUGACGGUGUUGAAAACUUGCUCAGUUAAAAAUAGGAUAGAAAAAGACGAGGGCUGAGUGGUGUGUAUUCUGUUGAAUUCAGUUUUUCCGUGUCCCGCUACUUUGUGAAUGGACUCUCUUAAAAGAAUCGAUAUUUCAUGUUGGCCUUCAUAUAUUUUGGUGGAGGCUCUAUCAUAAUAUAACUGCUUUCAAGCAAAAAGGAAACGGCACAAAAGAAGAAGAAUAAGCAACGGGAGAACUGAAUCUGAAAGUUGCUUCCAUGAACACUGAUAACAAUUUCAAGUGCGAUGAAUAACACAACGGUAAUAAGGAGCCAACCAUUACAAAACCACUUUUCACUUGAACCCCAGAUAACAUGGUACUGGUCUUUAAGGAUAAUUAUCUCCGUCGUCACCGUUUUGGGCAAUGGAUUUGUUAUUUUCUUAAUAACGGCAAGGAAGAGUCUUCAAGUGACUUGUAACUGGUUUGUGUUAUCUCUCGCCGUAUCAGACUUUUGUGUUGGGCUCGCAAUCACACCAACUGGAUUAACCUGCUCCUACUGGGCGAGGUGCGACUGGCGCCUUGAGCUUUUCUUCUACAACUUCUUGUUGUACGCAUCGACUUUAAACUUGUGGGCAAUGACCUACGACCGCUAUAAUGCCAUCGUGUGCCCUUUUGAGUAUAUAACUCGUAUGACAACCAAGCGAACGCUAAUCGUGAUAUCUUUACCAUGGAUCACAUCACUGCUCGCUACAUCCAUUCGCCUUUCAUGGUUGUAUGAUGAUGAUUUAAAGGCCAAAGUGGAUACCUAUUAUGGAGUCGUAAUAGAUGUAUGGUUUGGAGUGUUCUCUUGCCUUCUGCUCUUGGUGAUUUACGUAAAGAUUUUGAUAAUCAUUCGGAGGCAUUCUCGACACGUAGCAUCUCUAAGAGCGCAGUUAUCGUUCAACACGUCCUCUCGCAUAGCUUACAGAAACGAGCAAGAACGUCUCUCUGCUAAAAUUCUAGGGGCAAUCAUAUCACUGUUUGUAGCUUGCUAUUUUAUUAACAUAUAUGUAUCCCUCUGUUCAAGUUUCAAACUAUGUUCUCCAUCUUUAAAUUUAAGUAUCGCUUCCAUACUUAUGGUUCAUGUAAACUGCGCUGUUAAUUUUCUUGUGUACGCCCUACUCAAGAAGGAUGUUCGAACGGAACUGAGAAGGUUGUUCAAAUGCGAAAAUGAGGUUACCGCCGCUUAGAUCAGAGGGUUUAGUCUUACCACGGUGAAUGGGCGCUCACAGCAGCACUGAGUAGCCUCGGACUGUAGUUUCUGACGUCAUAGCAGUUCGUCUUGUCAGCCGGCACGCCUUCUCCAAGUUGUUUUCAAUGUUGGCACUGUGUACAGCUGAUAUACCUGAUGGGUAAGCUGAAUAAUCUAGGAAACCCAAGUUAGAAAAAAGCUUUAAAACUAUAUUUAUUUAGCAUUGUUAGGAGCCUGAGUACUGGACAUUUAGGUGUAAUCUUGUUUUUUUUAGCGACUGUAGAAUUCGACAUCGAGAAUUUUGAUAACAGAAAAGAUGCUUGUCGAAGCAGCUGAUGUUUCCAAUUUUUUUCUCACCACUACGUGUAGACGCAGAGAGAUAAGACGUAUUACUCCUGUCAGAGUCAUUUUUUAAAACUGAAAACGCACUAGAUAAAUAAUAGCAAUUUAGUAAUUUAAUAGCAAUUUAAUAUUAAUGUGAUUUGAUUAAAAAGCCCGCUCUCAUGAAAUGUCUCAAACCGAAGCGGAGCAAAGACUUAGUCAGGAGAUUCAAUUCUUUGAUUUUAUGUUUACUGUGCUAGAAAUCGUACAAAAACUAUUUGCUAUGACUUCAUCAAAUAAAACUGAGAAACAAUACUCGGCCUUUACAUUAUCUAAAACUUUAGAACUAUUGAUUAGCAUGCUUAUUUGGCUUGCAUUGUAGUCUAAUACACUGACCCGAAACGGAUCGAAAAUCUGCUGAUUGAAUUGACGCCCUAAAUACGGCAGUCUUAAAAUGUGUGCGAUGAAAACCAAGGUCCUGAUGUAGACUGUUUACCAUUAGCCACCUCCUUUUAUUUUAGCUUGAUCCUUCUGCGCAAAUCCAUAUUCCAAUUUUUUUUUUACUUAAUUAUGAAAUUAAAUUUAUACGACCUGUAUUUACUUUAUUUUACAUUAUAUACGAAAGACUGUCAUCGUGAAAAUGCAACGUGAAACAGCAAGAUUGCGACUACAAUAACGAUAUUAAACAAUGUCGACAACGACAGAAACAAAUUAAUCAAAUCUCUACUGAAUGAAAAGCCGUGCAUCCGUGAUCUUCCGCAUGACUUGUCGUCGCCUUCGAUUCAUUAUAAAAGUAACAUAAAACCAGGAUAUAAACAUUGUUUCAUUCAAUUCUCGGUAGCCAUUGCAGCUUAGACAGGUCAUACAUAAUAUAUAGUUAUAACGAAAGAAGGGAUUAGCACACAAUAAAAAAACAUCAAACAUCACGUAUUCGAUGUGUUGCAAUCAUUAUUCAUUAUUUAUAAACGUCUUUGAUUACGUUCCCAAGAGAAACACAAGAAUAAUCUCUUCUGACAUAUGCAGCUAAGCGAGGGUCUUUCUAAGCAAAGGUCUUUCUAAGCUAUUCGCCCCUGGAUAAAAAUUCUAAAAGCGGUUUAAUAUUUUACUUAGUGAGACCUAACUUCAAGCAAAUUAAGUGACUUAAACUUUAUCAGUACACUUGUUUCCUCGUGAUUUUUUUUCAGGAGAG